AGAUUAGGUCUCAUUUCAAAUACAAAACUCAAGCUUUAAACAUCGUGCUGAAAUCGAUCGCAAAAAAACACACACACACACAUUCGGGAAAAAAAACAACAAUACGUCAAAAUAAAAACUUUUUUUAUAAAGAUAAAAGUGUUAAAAUUAAAUAUUAAAAUAAAAAACUAUUUAAAAUAAAUUAUGGUCAUGGAAAUGUCCAAAACGUAUCAGUAUCGCAAGGUUAUGAAACCUUUGCUCGAACGUAAAAGACGCGCUCGCAUCAACAAGUGUUUAGACGAUCUUAAGGAUUUAAUGGUGGAAUGUUUAACCCAAGAGGGUGAACAUGUUACGCGUUUAGAGAAAGCCGAUAUAUUGGAAUUAACUGUGGAGCAUAUGCGCAAAUUGAAACAACGCGGUAAUUUGGCUUUACGUACCACCACUCUUAAUGCUCAUGUCGAAUCCUUUCGUUCGGGUUAUGUACAUGCUGCCGAUCAAAUUUCUCAAGUUUUACUACAACAAUACAUCGAUGAUGAGGUGAAGGGCAAGCUAAUGAAAUUUUUAUCCUCGCGCCUUAUGGAUAUGCAACAUAAUGUUUUAAUACAUUCCACAACCAAUACAUCCUCCUCCUCGCCAGCCAUGCAAAAGACAUUUUUCGAUAAUGUCAUCUUUAGAGAACAAACCAAUUCAUUAGGAAAUACAACAGCAACAACAUCACCUAAUUACAACCACACAUCAGCUAAAACAAACCAAGUCAUGGAUAAUAACAUCACAAAUGAUUUAAAGGAAAACGAUAUGAUUGAUAUCAUAACAGUGGAUAACAAUUCCAAUUCUAUGGAUACCAAUUCAGUAUUAUCUAGUGAUUCGAACAAUUCUGAAACCGUUUGGCGACCUUGGCAAAAGGAAUCUACAGAAAUUUGCAAAAUCUAAACUCUUAAUGUUUGCUCCUUCAUUUCUAAAUAUUUAAUAAUACUACUUAAAACUAAAUUGUCUAAAAUCGAUAUUAAAUCGUAAAAACAACAACAGAAUCUUUAGUCUUCCAUCAUUAAAUUAAUUUAUGAGACACAACAAUUCCUUGGCGCACCAGUGAAAUUCUAUACAUUUGUGUAAAUAACUAAAUAUAAUAAUAUUAAAGCUGUGAUAUAUUUAAUUUAUUUAAUUAAUAAUACUACUUAUUAGUAAACUACUUGAAAGAUAUUUUAUUUAUUUGGAUUUCGCAAAAACCAAAUCUUACUUGAAUAUUAUUUAUGUAAUGAAUUUUAAACUAGUAUAAAUAACAAAGAUAAUUAUUAUUUCUUGUAAUUAAAAAAAAAUACUUAAAACUUUA